CGUUCAUUAACAGAGUAACGUGCAGGCUUUGAGGGUUAAGUGGUUUGUGUAUUCUUUUCGCUGUUGGUUGGUAUAGUAUCUUAUUAAAAGAUAAUUAAAUUUUUUUUUGUUAAAUUUAUAUGCCUAUGUAUCUUGAGGCGUUAGCGAUGUUUUUCUAAUCUUGUGAGUAUAUGUUGGACUAAUAUAGUUAGUGCCAGGUGUUCACUUUUCCCCGGAAACUACGCGGAGAGCGCCUGGCAGCUUUGUAACUAAUUUCAGUAUCAGCCUUAGUCUUACUGUUUGCAUGGACAGUGUUCUGAAAAGUGCUGAAUAGAAGAAGAAACCAGACUAAAAGGUAACUGAUGUUCAACUGGACAAGGCCCUUUGCCAGUGGUGUUCCAGGGGCAAAAGCGUCACAUACAACGUCCUUCAGACAGAGACUGAAAGGAUCACAUAGCAGGCCUACCAUGAAUAUAACCAAAGGUGGUCUUGUAUUAUUCUCUGCCAAUUCCAAUCCUGUAUGCACAGAAGUUGCAAGGCAGAUUUCAGAACGUCUUGGUGAAGAGCUUGGGAAGGUUCAAGUUUACCAAGAGCCCAAUCGAGAAACAAGAGUACAAAUUCAAGAAUCCGUAAGAGGAAAGGAUGUCUUCAUCAUCCAGACAGUUUCAAGAGAUGUGAACACUGCAAUAAUGGAAUUUUUGAUUAUGGUAUAUGCAUGUAAGACAUCCUGUGCCAAAAGCAUCAUUGGUGUGAUGCCUUAUUUCCCCUACAGUAAACAGUGUAAAAUGCGUAAGAGAGGUUCAAUUGUCAGCAAGCUACUUGCAUCAAUGCUGUGCAAAGCUGGUCUAACUCAUUUAAUUACAAUGGAUUUGCACCAAAAGGAGAUUCAGGCAUUUUUUAACAUUCCAGUUGACAAUCUCCGAGCAUCACCAUUUCUCCUACAGUAUAUCCAGGAAGAGAUUCCAAACUAUAGAAAUGCAGUUAUUGUGGCCAAAUCCCCAGCUUCAGCAAAGAGGGCACAGUCAUUUGCUGAGAGACUGAGAUUAGGAAUUGCAGUGAUUCAUGGGGAAGCUCAGGAUGCUGAAUCUGAUAUGAUUGAUGGAAGACACUCUCCACCACCUGCUGUCAAAAAUGUAAUGGCAGCAAUUCAUCCAAGUUUGGAGAUCCCACUCCUGAUUCCGAAGGAAAAGCCACCUAUUACAGUGGUUGGAGACGUAGGAGGAAGAAUUGCUAUUAUAGUGGAUGACAUUAUUGAUGAUGUUGAUAGUUUUGUAGCUGCUGCAGAGACUCUUAAGGAGAGAGGAGCAUACAAAAUAUAUCUUAUGGCUACUCAUGGUCUGCUGUCUUCAGAUGCCCCCAGGCUUAUAGAAGAAUCUGCUAUUGAUGAGGUAGUGGUAACAAACACCAUUCCACAUGAGGUUCAGAAACUCCAGUGUCCAAAAAUCAAGACAGUUGAUAUCAGCAUGAUCCUUUCUGAGGCCAUUCGCCGAAUCCACAAUGGAGAGUCCAUGUCCUACCUCUUCCGAAACAUUGGACUGGAAGACUGAAGGCAUUAUGCAAGGGCUGAUAUCAGAAUGGCUGAAAAAUAUAAAAAGU